AUGGGCAAUACAACUCUGGCCUCAAUCCCUCAGUCCACCAACCCCGAUGUGGUCGAUUGGGAAGGCCUAGAUGAUCCCCUGAAUCCGAUGAACUGGCCCCUGAGAAAGAAAGUCGCUAUCACCAUCACCGUGGCACUGCUCACUAUUUUAACGUAUGAGACUGCUUCCCAGGCCCCCUUCGUCGGUAGUUCGGAAACUAAAACGAAGAGAAAUCCUAGGCCACUGGGAUCAUCAAUUGUAGCACCAGCUGCCUCCCAGAUCAUGGAGGAAUUCCAGCAGCCCUAG